GAGUGAAGUUGUUGCAGUAUUAUCAAUUGUCAUUUGUGGAGGUGAAAAACAAACACUCGUGCGUCUUAGAACAAAGAAUAUUUAUUGUAGAUUAUUUUAUUUAAACGAUAUUAACUAACCUAAGACCUAAUACGCACUUUCUAGUACUCAGUGAUAGUGAAUAAAAUCGAAACGGACACCAAACAACGAAGAAAUAAUUUCGAUGGAGAGCAUCACGUCGCCGGAGGAAACGACGUGCUCCGAGGGGGAGGAUGAGCGAAAGUUGCCAGGAAGCAGCGUAAUGAACCAUGACAAUCAUCAAGGUUUUUCCCCCCAACAAAGUGCUGCCUUCAACGAGCUUACUCAAAUGGAAGAGAAAAUGCGACGCAAGCUGCAGUUUUUCUUCAUGAACCCGAUCGAGAAAUGGAAGGCCAAGCGGAAGUUUCCUUACAAAUUCGUUGUUCAGGUGAUAAAGAUUGUUCUGGUAACUUUCCAGCUAUGUUUGUUUGCCCACAACAGGUAUAACCAUGUUAAUUACACUUGGGACAAUAGGAUCACCUUUUCCCAUCUGUUUCUUCUUGGCUGGGACUCCACAAGAGAGAUCAAUGCAUAUCCUCCAGGUGCCGGACCUCUUGCUGUUUAUAAAAUAAAUGAGUUCUAUGAUACACUAGACUAUGCCUAUGAGGGGUAUUCUAAUGUGUUAAAUAACUCUAUAGGACCAUACUCUUAUAAUGAUGAGAGUAACAAGCUGACUCCCCCAGUCUUCUGCCAGUACAAUUAUAAACAAGGCAUCAUUAACGGAUUCAACGAGAGUUAUGAAUUCAAUUCGGAAAUUGUAGAAACUUGCAUAAACUUCACUAAAACAAAUGAUGAAAAGUUUCAGUCAGCUUCAUUUAUUAAGAAUGCUGGUCUAAAUAUAAGCUUUGCAUCAUUGGUCCGAGCUAAACUGAUGUUUUCUUUGAAAACUAUUAACUUUAGAGCCGCAGGUCCUAUCACUCCACCAGAUUGUUACAGGUUUGAUAUAGAAAUCAUUUUUGAUAACGAAGAUCAUGAUGGGCAGAUGUCUCUUAUACUAGAAGCAGAACCUUACAAGCUGACAUGUAAAGGAGACACUGAAUACAUUACUGACAAUAAAAUAGAUCAAAUUCUUAGAAGCAUUCUCAACAUACUUGUGAUCCUUAUAUGUGGAGCAUCAUUUGUUUUGUGCAGUAGAGCCAUCUACCGAGCACAGCUACUCAAAGAGCUGACCGUUCAGUUCUUCAGAAGAGCAUACAAUAAAGAACUGAGCUUAGAUGGCCGCCUAGAGUUCCUCAACAUCUGGUACAUCAUGAUCAUAGUCAAUGACUUACUGAUCAUAAUGGGAUCGGCAAUCAAGGAGCAGAUUGAACGGAAUCAGUUUACUAAUGACCAAUGGAAUGUGUGUUCUCUAUUCUUGGGUACCGGCAAUUUACUUGUGUGGUUUGGAGUUUUAAGAUAUCUUGGCUUCUUCAAAACUUAUAAUGUAGUAAUUUUGACGUUGAAGAAAGCAGCUCCGAAAAUAUUCCGAUUCUCAAUCUGCGCCUUGUUGCUGUACGCCGGCUUCAUGUUCUGCGGCUGGCUUAUACUGGGCCCAUAUCACAUGAAGUUUAGAUCGUUAGCGACUACCUCCGAAUGUCUGUUUUCUUUGAUAAACGGAGACGAUAUGUUUGCUACAUUCUCGAUAAUGUCUAAGAAAUCGCCAAUGCUUUGGUGGUUCAGCCGAGUGUACUUAUAUUCUUUCAUAAGUUUGUACAUUUACGUAGUAUUGAGUUUGUUCAUAUCUGUUAUUAUGGAUGCGUAUGAUACUAUUAAGCAGUAUUAUAAGGAUGGAUUUCCUAAGAGUGAUUUGCAUCAGUUUAUCGGUGAGGCGAACAUUGAGGAGGUGUCCUCAGGGUUGUAUAGGACACAGAGUUCGUCAUCACUCAACGCCAUGAUGAAUUCGCUCUUCUGUUGCAAUUUCUACAGAAGUGCGUAUUCGAAAAUCGGUGGAGGCACAUCCAAUCUAGAACUGUAGUUUACUAACAUUUUACGGCGAUAAUACUCCAUGUUGUACAUAAUAAGAUCAUUAUCAUAGGAGUUAGAUAAAUUAUUAUAGUUUAUCUAUUUCGUAAUAUUGGUAGGCAGCUAAGCUACAGCAGCGUAGGCUUUAUGACUAGACUGAUAGAGUUCACUGUUGUAUGAUAUGUUUCCUGUAACCAUUCGUGUUGGUGUGGUUGAUUACGCUCCCAAAUUGGGACGGUAGAGAUUAUUGGUAAACCUAGUCUUCUUUUUACAAAAGGCUUGUGUUACUACUAUGAGAAAUACUUUUAAAUGAUUUUAGUGGAUAUAAGUAUCUCCAUAACCAGUAAAACAUGAAAUCCAUAUUUUAGACAUUCGGUCUAGUAUUACAAAUACUUUGUAUCUUUUUUUGUAACAACCAUUUACUUAACACUAGCUGCACUUGAAAUUAAUAAAUUUUGUAUAUUAAUGUACACUUAUUUAAGAUUAACAAUUUUUUUUUUGUUACCAAACUCGCCAAAGAAUUGCCAUCAAUGCACUUAAAAUUAAUUAAAUUUGGAGUAAAUCAUGGAUUUAGUAUUGAUAGGCACACAUUGCCCGUAUAAUAACGGAAGUACCUAUUUUGUAUUGUUAAAGUGGAGUCAUAAUAGUUUAGAUGCGGCAAUGUAAAGGUUGAUAUCUGUUAAAGGCGGAGAAGGGAAGAACUGACUAAUGCAAUGUAUGCUCUAUCCAUUACCUAGAACUAGGGCCCCAGUAGACUGUGGAAAAAUAAUCUGUAUUUACAGAAAUACAGAUUAUUUUUCUGAUUUGGUAAAGAACGAAUAAAAGUUUGAAGUAUCGGCAAACUCAUAAAAAUAUUGUAGCCUGCGGGGGUUAUAUAGAAAUAGGGGGUAUACGAAAUAUCGAAAUAUAAAGUAAAAAACCUAAACACGACUAGACACUUCGAUUAUUUGCGAACUACAGUAAAUAUAAAUGGUCGUUUAGUGUUUAUAAAUUCAAUGCCAGGAAAAUAUUCAUCGAAUAUUUCUUUCAAUUUAAAUUAAAUUUAUCUAAUGAAAA